AUGCAUUUGUAAACUUUCUUAGAAGACCCUAUUAAAUUAUCCUCGUAUCAGUAAAUACAACAAUAAGGUACUAUAUGCUUAACUAUUCAAUCAGUUAAUGAAUAAAAGGAACAGAAAGUUAAAUCUGAUAUUUAGAGCUUAGAGCACAUCUGGGUUUAAUGGUUAAGCUAACAAUAAAUAUCUCAAAUCUAGACUGAAGACAUUUAGAAGAAAAAUGAGUCCAUUGAUGUAGAAUGCACUCAAGAGACAAAUGUAUUUUUUUUUUAUUAUAAGAUAGGCAGUUGAAAAGAGUGCUUAACUCAAAAACUUCUUUGAAAUACUUAAAUCAAGAAUAAUAAAUGAGAAAUUGUAUUCUACUAUGACACAAAUAUAAAUGACCUAAUUUUUUGAAGAAGCCACAACCUAAAUUUAAAACAAAAUCAAACUCUAUGAAGACAUCUAGAAAUUAAAAUUACUCUAAAAUUAUCCAAGUAUUAUAUAAUUUUGAUAUUUCUUUUAGCUAACACUAAGAGGACUUAUUCAAAAUCUGCUAACAUGAUACUCAAAAAAUGGUUGAUUGAAAAUUAUAACAAUCCUUAUCCUAAACCUCAUUAAGUAGAGUAAUUAGUCUAAUAAACAAAUUUAACUAACAAAUAGGUAUCAAUAUUCUCAUUUUCUUAUAGGUCUUAAAUUGGUUUAUAAAUGCUAGAAACAGUCUUAAAAAUAAAUCAAAUUAAGAAAAAAAAUUUAAACAUAUAGUUGAAUGUAAAUUUAAAGAACUUGCAAUAAUGAAAAAAAAAAAAAUAGAACAAAGUAUUUGA